AUGGCGGUCGACACAAGCUAUCUGACCACUCAGGUCAACAAUAUCGUUGAGCAACUGCAUGGCAUCUUCGAUGACAUUGGAGUGCCUGCUCGCGAGCGCGACUCGCGCGAAGCAGAGCUUUUCAGCGCGUUGUCAGAAACAUUGAACAACCACCUUAAGAUCGUUGACGAAGAGAAAGAAGAACUGACUCUAGAAGCCCAGCGCCUAAUCACGGCCAUUCAACAAAUGGAAGCCUCUCUGGGCGACGAAAGGGCUAAUGGCCAAUAUGAGCUCAACCGUGAUGAUUUGCGCGUUACCUACCCCCUCAACCGGUGUAUUGCCUUCUUGCGCGAAAAGAGUGAAGGCAUGAGCAAGCUUCACCGCGAAAGAUUCGAACAGGUCAAGAAACUUGUCGAUGCUCUGGAGUCGUACUCGUCCCAUCUUGAAACUUCAUUUCUUCAUAUUGAAUUGCCCCCCACCGCACCUGGCUCGACCAUUCCACCCAGCUUCGAUUUAUCGCCUUCAUAUGUUACAGCCCUCGAUUCAGAAUUCACUCGUGUCUACGAGGAGUACCACCGUCGCGUUUCCUAUGUCCAAACAACCAGCGAGGAGAUCAUCAAGCUCUGGGCGGAGCUGGGUACCCCGCAAGUGCAAACUGAUUCCAACAUCGUUAAGUGCUACCGCGAAUCUCCCGAGCAGCUUGGUCUUCAUGAGGCCGACCUCGGUAACCUGAUGGCACGACGCGACAAGUUGGUGGAGGAAAAGAAAGGCCGCGAGCGCAAGAUUAAGGAGAUCCGAACCAAUGUCGAAAGUCUCUGGGAGCGCUUUGGGGUCGAAGAAGCUGAUCGGAAGGCCUUCCUCGCAACCAACCGUGGCUGCGGUCUUCGCACGAUCAAUGAAUUUGAAGAAGAGCUGGCUCGCCUCAAUGAGCUGAAAAGACAGAACAUGCAUUUGUUCGUUGAAGAUGCCCGCUGUCGCCUGCAGGAGCUCUGGGAUACUCUCUUCUUUUCCGAAGAGGAAAUGCUCGACUUUACACCCGCUUUCUCUGAUGUGUGCAGUGACGCUCUUCUGGAAGCCCACGAGGCUGAGAUUGCUCGUUUGGAGACACUCAAAGAACAGCGCGCACCUACACUGGAGAUGAUUGACAGACACCGUGGUAUUCUUUCGGAUCGCGAAGCCCUCUCAUCUUCAAGCCAAGACGCUUCCCGUCUGAUGGCCCGAGGAAACAAGGGCGAGAGGCGAGACCCUGGCAAACUUCUGCGCGAAGAGAAGAUGCGGAAGCGCAUUGCAAAGGAGCUUCCUAAACUCGAGGCCGAUCUUCGCAGAGAGCUGGAGCGUUGGGAGGACGAGUAUGGACGGCCCUUCUUGGUUCACGGAGACCGAUAUCUUGAUUCCUUGACUCCUGCACCCGCCUCAAGAAUGCCGCCGCCACGCUCGAAGACCCCAUCUGCACCCCCCUCUACAACGAAAUCUAGCACAGCACGCCAACCAGUGUCUCGACCUGGUAGCUCUAUGCGAGGCCCCCCUCCCCCUCGUUCUGCCACCAAGACUCCAAAUGGAAGUGGUCCUGUGAAGCAUAACACUAUUGGCUACUCUGGGGCUCGAUUGGGAGCCAAGUCUCCCACCAAGCUUCCGGCUCGUGCUCCAUUGAGCAACAUGCCCCAUGGAAACAACUCUCCCGAACGCCGUAAUGGACCUGGAAAUUACUCCUCCAGCACCGUCAAUUCCAAGAUGGCUCCUCCCCGUGGGCCUCCCCCGAGAAUGCGAGCAUUGACUGUCGAGUCAAAGGACCGCAAUAGCCACCUGGUGGAGCCGCCUCGCUGCAAUAGCGCCAUGUCGAGUGCAUUCGUCCGUCCACUCUUCAGUCAUGUCCAACCACCGCCAAAUUGGAAUCUCCCACUCUUCUCACUCAUCUUUGUCGUCUCUAUCAUUGAAUUCGUCUCAAAACUACCCCCGCGCCAACCCUUACCUUUCACACGCGCCACCUCCCCUGCCCUUCGUCAAACAUCGAGCUCAUCGGCUGGAAACACCACUAUAUCCGGUUCAGAGAAUUGGGAGACCUUUGAUGAUGCAUCCGACGGGGAAGCCGACACCAGCGAUGUUUACUAUGGCAAGAUCCGUGCGGCCCAUGGCAAGCGCUUCGCCCCUGAUGACAGUAUGGACUUCUUGGGCAAGAAGAGCAAGGGUAUCCGCAGUGUCAGCCCUGACGGACCUCACCCUGGUCAGGUCCUCCGUGUUGCGGGUAGUGACUCGGAAUGGGCCGAUGAGUUUGAGACCUACUGA